GACCUCCUCCUCCUGCUGGUCUCUUGGUGCUUGUAGUUCUGCUUCUUCCUGAAGGCCGAUCACGAAGCCUUGCAGCAGUCGUCGUCCCGUUCACCUAUCAAACAUCAGACUCCUUCUGGAACCCGGAUCUCCUCAAUCAGCGCCGACGAUGUGUCUCGGCGUCCAGACGGCGUUUCUGCUCCUGCUGUUUGCUGGAAACGUCUGCCCAUCCGUCGAUGUCAACUGGCUGACCCAUGUGGUCGACGCCAUCAGGACGAAGUAUGGAAUAAAAGGCCAGUUUUGUGUAGCUGCCAACAUCCCGCUGACACGAGAUGAACACAAGCUUCAGGAAAUUCUCAAAAAUUACAACUAUCUCUCCAUUUCAAACCAGAUUGAAACAGGUGCGCCGUUUGUGGGCGAUGACCUGAUCAUAGCCAAAGUCAUAGGAGGUCCAAUUCAUGCUGAGGCACAAGUUCUGACACACAAUAACUUAGAAAAGCUGGGAAAGAAUACUAAUGGGAACUUCCUGUUUAUCUACUCGUACCUGUCUGCGUGCACCAAGUGCACAACCCCGGGACGCAAGUUUAAUGUCGUUGAUAUACUGUCCAAGUAUGUUAAGAGCUGGGCGGAUUCUGCCUUUGUCUUUACAAAAGUUUAUGAUCGGCCCAAUGAUGGUUCUGUUAUUCCUAGAAAAGACUUGGUGGACUCCAUUUGUAAUCUGGGAGAGGCCAUGCGAGGCCUUAAGAACAUUUAUCGCUGCAAUAACCAAAUGGGCUGUUACAGCUGCUCCACAAAUGGCAAGAUCUCAGAGGUGUGUUUGGAUAACAAUGCUUUACCUGAAAAGGGUGGAGUCAGUCGCUGCAGCGACAGCAGCAGCGACAACAACUGGAGCAACAGGAAAAGCAGCACGAGUAGCGACAUCAAUAGGUCUAGAAGUCCAAAGAGAAGAGACAGAGGCAGGUCCAGAAGGAAAGAUGUCCUGGUAGGAAAACAUUCAUGGAGGACCAAGAGCCGAAACAGGAGUCCGAUUCAGGAAAGAACCCGGCGUAGAGGCAGCCGAGGAUAAAGGCCGACUCACAAACCCGAAUCAUUCUUAAGAGUGACUCUAUAGGGUCCAUUUGUA